CCCAUAUGCCUUCAAAUUCCAUAUCGUGCACAUACACGUACUCCCAUUCUCUAGAACUCUCCAACAAAAGACAAAACGAAAAAGAAAAGCCCUCAUCCAUUCAAUGGCCGCCGCAGCACCGCCACCACCACCGACUGAACCCCCCACAACGAUGCCAGAAACCGCCCUCCCACGGCAUCCAAUAUUCACACGCAUCCGCCUAGCCACCCCUUCCGACGUUCCUUACAUCCACAAACUAAUGCAUCAAAUGGCCGUUUUCGAACGCCUCACACACCUCUUCACCGCCUCAGAGUCUUCCUACACCUCCACCCUCUUCUCUCCCGACAACAAACCUUUCCACUCUUUCACCGUCUUGAUCCUCGAAGCCUCUCAAAACCCUUUCACCGAUACCCAGUUCGACAACGACCCUUUUUAUAAACCCUUGACAAAAACCGUGAACUUGGACCUCCCAAUCGAUGACCCGGAGAAAGAAACUUUCAGAACUGGGCACGGAAAUGAAGUUGUCGUUGCUGGGUUUGUGUUGUUUUUCCCAAAUUAUUCAACUUUUUUGGGGAAGCCUGGGUUCUAUGUGGAGGAUCUGUUUGUGAGGGAGUGUUAUAGGAGAAAAGGGUUUGGGAAAAUGUUGCUUACUGCUGUGGCGAAACAGGCUGUGAAGAUGGGGUAUGGAAGGGUGGAAUGGGUUGUGCUUGAUUGGAAUGUUAAUGCUAUUAAGUUUUAUGAGGAUAUGGGUGCUAAGAUCCUGCAGGAAUGGAGGCUUUGCAGACUCACUGGGGAGAAUCUGGAGACUUAUGGAGCUACUGAUUAAAUACUGAGGUUUUUCUGUUUGUUGUUUCUUUAGAACAAAGAUUUGAUGACUUUUUACUGUCUUUUGUUGUAAUUUGAGUUUUGAAUUUGCUAUGUUGUUUUACUGAUGGGGACUUUUAUCGUUGUAAUUGGAUGCUGCUGUUUUUUUUUU